AAAUCAUGACGUCAGUGAUCUUCAGGUCGGAAAGUCGGAGAAAGAGUUCCCAGAUGUUGAGGCCUGAGUUCAAGUUGGAAUUCAGAGUUGGAUGACCGUUUAAAUCGACAGUUGUCCCACUUAUUUCCCAGUUGUUUUGAACGCACUGAAUCGGAAGUCGGAGAUUUUCGAAUUGCCAUUUGUUUUGUACGCGACAUAGAAUUGUACCGCAGUAAUCACAGGCAUGAACCUAUAACAUUUGUUUGCGGACCGCCAUACUACCAAAGAAGAAGACGCUGCUCUAAUCAGUCAUCUCGUUAGCUUGCUAGCCAACAUAGCCAAAACAUUGGCGCUCUUUAGACACUGUGUUUUAAGCACACUUCUGUCGUAUCUACUAGUUACCCCAUUUAAUGUCAUAUGUACGCAGUUGUUAGUCAGCUAACUGGCUUGUUAAAUUAGCAGUAGCACUAGGCCAGUCGCUAAUUCUAACUAGCUAGCUAAGUGACAUCCCCGACCAUGAGUUCACUGAGUUACUUGCACCCUGCUAAAGAAGAGGAGGCAUGCUGGGCGGAGAAAGAAGCUCCCGUGAAAGUGGAGAGGGAAGAGGAGGCUGUUAAACAAGAAUCAGAGAAUGAGGCUGUUACAGUGAAAGAAGAGGAAGAAGCUUUCAGAGUGAAAGAGGAGGAAGAUGCAGUUUUUGCAGUGAAGGAGGAGGGGGGGAUCACUGACGAAGACAUUUUGGGAUUGAAGGAGGGGGAGAUUACUGUCACAUUAGAGGAGACGGAAGAGAAAGACGUUUUUGGAGUGAAGGAGGAGAGGGAGAUUACUGUCACAUUAGAGGAGACGGAAGAGAAAGACAUGUUUGGAGUGAAGGAGGAGAGCGAGAUUACUGUCACAUUAGAGGAGACGGAAGAGAAAGACGUUUUUGGAGUGAAGGAGGAGAGCGAGAUUACUGUCACAUUAGAGGAGACGGAAGAGAAAGACGUUUUUGGAGUGAAGGAGGAGAGCGAGAUUACUGUCACAUUAGAGGAGACGGAAGCGAAAGACGUUUUUGAGGUGAAGGAGGAGAGCGAGAUCACUGUCACAUUAGAGGAGACGGAAGAGAAAGACGUUUUUGAGGUGAAGGAGGGGGAGAUUACUGUCACAUUGGAGGAGGAGACUGGAGAUCUGAUUAACACCAGAGAGAGGCCGGACUCUCACUCUGACAGCGGGAAGAGUCCUUCAGGGGAACCAGACCCAGAGACGCCCAUACCAGCGGGACAACACCACACUUCCCAUUGGGGAAAGAGUUUUAAGCGGUUAUGGACACUAAAAGGGCAUGGGAGAACACACACAGAAGAAAAGCCUUACCACCGCUCAGACUGUGGGAAGAGGUUUAGCCAGAUAGACAGCCUGAAACGACAUGAGAGAAUACACACAGGAGAGAAUCCUCACCACUGCUUCCAGUGUGGCAAGAGGUUUACCCGUUUAUGUUACCUGAAAAUACAUGAGAGAAUACACUCUGGAGUGAAGCCUCAUCACUGUUCCCAAUGUGGAAAGAGUUUUACCCAUUCAGGGAGCCUGAAAAAACACGAGAAAACGCACUCAGGAGAGAAGCCCUACCACUGCUCCCAGUGUAGAAAAAUAUUUAACAGUUUAUGGCACCAGAGAAUGCAUGAGAGGGCACACACAGGAGAGAAGCUUUAUCACUGUUCCAACUGUGGAAAGAGUUUUACCCGGUUAGGGAACCUGAGGACGCAUGAGAGGGCACACACAGGAGAGAAGCCACAUCACUGUUCCCACUGUGAAAAGAGUUUUACCCGGUUAGGGCACCUAAGAACGCAUGAAAGGGCACACACAGGAGAGAAGCCAUAUCACUGUUCCCACUGUGAAAAGAGUUUUACCCAGUUAGGGAACUUAAGAACACAUGAGAGGGCACACACAGGAGAGAAGCUUUAUCAUUGUUCCCACUGUGGAAAGAGUUUUACCCGGUUAGGGCAGCUGAGAACACAUGAGAGGGCACACACCGGAGAGAAACCUUACCACUGUUCCUUUUGUGAAAAGAGUUUUACCCGGUGGGGGAGCCUGAAAAAGCAUAAGUGGAUACACACGCGUGAAAAGCCCUACCAGUGCUCCUUGUGUGGAAAGAGUUUUACCCAGUUAGGAAACCUGAACCAGCAUGAGAGGACACACACAGGAGGGGAUAAGACCUACCACUGCUCCCAGUGUGAAAAUAGUUUUACCCGGUUAAGGCAUCUGAAUAAGCACGAAAGAAUACAUACACAGGAGGAGAAGACAUACCACUGCUCUCAAUGUGGAAAGACAUUUUCCCAGUCAGAGGACCUGAAAUCACAUGAGAGAAUAGAGAGGCUGUGUUCUGACUUGUGUUUUUGAUUGAGCAUGUGUUUUUGUUUAUGCGAAAAACAAAAACAAAUUGUAUGUAUGAAAGCUUUCAUUAAAAGAAUAGGUCUACUUUUAAUUUUUUAUCGAGACCAUGAUCAUAUAUAAAAAUCUGAUAUUAACAUUUUGUUUUGAUUAGGAACUUUGAUUGAUUGGAUAGUAUCAAUCCUUAGAUGUUCAUGUUAUGAUUUUUGGAUAUUUCAAAAUGUAAAUAAUUAAGUAGAUUUAUUGGAAGGUGCAUUUCUCUGUUUUAACCUUAAUCUCUUGAAUGUAGUUGUUUCAUUGCGUACAUUUGUGUACUAUUCAUCAAGCGAAAGGUGUAUGAAAAUGUGAUGAUGUAGUUCUGAUGACGUUAAGAUGUUGACAUGAAAAACAUUCACUUCCUCGUGAAAAUUCCCAUCAGUAUUAUUCCACCAUGUCAGAGAAAACUCUGGUGCUGAUUGUAAAAAGGAUUUGAUUAAUGCAAAAUAUUGUGUUUGGGAAAAAAAAACAUUUGGAACACCAAUAUAUAAUUAUAUACAUCUACAUUAUGUAUUGUUAUACCAUGUAGGAGCAGUAUAGACCUAGUCUGUUCAUUAUAUACAUCUACAUGAUGUAUUGUUACACCAUGUAGGAGCAGUAUAGACCUAGUCUGUUCAUUAUAUACAUCUACAUGAUGUAUUGUUACACCAUGUAGGAGCAGUAUAGACCUAGUCUGUUCAUUAUAUACAUCUAUGUAUUCUUACACCAUGUAGGAGCAGUAUAGACCUAGUCUGUUCAUUAUAUACAUCUACAUGAUGUAUUGUUACACCAUGUAGGAGCAGUAUAGACCUAGUCUGUUCAUUAUAUACAUCUACAUGAUGUAUUGUUACACCAUGUAGGAGCAGUAUAGACCUAGUCUGUUCAUUAUAUACAUCUACAUUAUGUAUUGUUACACCAUGCAGGAGCACUAUAGACCUAGUCUGUUCAUUAUAUACAUCUACAUGAUGUAUUGUUACACCAUGUAGGAGCAGUAUAGACCUAGUCUGUUCAUUAUAUACAUCUAUAUGAUGUAUUGUUACACCAUGUAGGAGCAGUAUAGACCUAGUCUGUUCAUUAUAUACAUCUAUGUAUUCUUACACCAUGUAGGAGCAGUAUAGACCUAGUCUGUUCAUUAUAGACAUCUACAUGAUGUAUUGUUACACCAUGCAGGAGCAGUAUAGACCUAGUCUGUUCAUUAUAUACAUCUACAUGCAAUCUGUUUUCCGAUCAGGUUAUGGAUGUGUUACUGCAACUUUAAAGGUUCUAAAUGAUGUCACCAUUGCCCUUGAUUCUAAGCAAUGUUGUGCUGCUAUUUCUAUUGACUUGGCCAAAGCUUUUGAUACAGUAGACCAUUUCAUUCAUGUGGGCCGACUAAGGAGUAUUGGUGUCUCUAAGGGCUCUUUGGCCUGGUUUGCUAACUACCUCAAAGAGUGCAGUGUAUAAAGUCAGAACAUCUGCUGUCUCAGCCACUGCCUGUCAGCAAGGGAGUAGCCCAAUGCUCAAUCCUAGGCCCCAAGCUCUUCUCAAUUUACAUCAACAACAUAGCUCAGGCAGUAGGAAGCUCUCUCAUCCAUUUAUAUGCAGAUGAUAGUCUUAUACUCAGCUGGCCCCUCCCCGGAUUUAGUGUUAAACACUCUACAACAAAGCUUUCUUAGUGUCCAACAAGCUUUCUCUACCCUUAACCUUGUUCUGAACACCUCCACAACAAAGGUCAUGUGGUUUGGUAGGAAUAAUCCCCCUCCCCACUGGUGUGAUUACUACCUCUGAGGGUUUAGAGCUUGAGGUAGUCACCUCAUACAAGUACUUGGGAGUAUGACUAGACGGUACACUGCCCUCCUCUCAGCGCAUAUCAAAGCUGCAGGCUAAGGUGAAAUCUAGACUUGGUUUCCUCUAUUGUAAUCGCUCCUCUUUCACCCCAGCUGCCAAACUAACCCUGAUUCAGAUGACCAUCCUACCCAUGCUAGAUUACAGAGACAUAAUUUAUAGAUCGACAGGUAAGGACACUCUCAAGCUGCUAGAUGUUUUUUACCAUUCGGCCAUCAGAUUUGCCACCAUGCUCCUUAUAGGACACAUCACAUCUAUAUCUAUACAUAGAUAUAUCUAUACAUCACACUCCACUCUAUUCUCUUCUGUAAACUGGUCAUCUCUGUAUACCUGGCGCAAGACCCACUGGUUGAUGCUUAUUUAUAAAAACCCUCUUAGGCCUCACUCACCCCUAUCUAAGAUAUCUACUGUAGCCCUCAUCCUCCACAUACAACACCCGUUCUGCCAGUCACAUUCUGUUUAAGGUUCCCAAAGCACACACAUCCCUGGGUCGCUCGUCUUUUCAGUUUGCUGCAGCUAGCGACGGGAACAAGCUGCAAAAAACACUUAAACUGGACAGUUUUAUCUCCAUCUCUUCAUUCAAGGACUCAAUCAUGGACACUUACUGACAGUUGUGGCUGCUUCGUGUGAUGUAUUGCUGUCUCUACCUUCUUGCCUAUGUGCUGUUGUCUGUUCCAAAUAAUGUUUGUACCAUUGUUUUGUGCCGCUACCAUGUUGUUGUCAUGUGGUGUUGCUACCAUGCUGUGUUGUCAUGUUGUGUUGGUACCAUGUUGUGUUGCUGCCAUGUUGUGUUGCUACCAUGUUGUUGUUAUGUGUUGUGUUGCUACAUGUAAUAAUAACAUGUAUGAUUUAUAUAAAGUUCUUUAGUAUUAAAACAUUAGUGACAUAAUUAUAA